AUUCCACGAUCGGCCGUGGGCUAAUCGGAUCGAGUCCGGAUCGUCGUUCGAUUAUUCUAGUGUUCGCGUCUCGUACUUUAUUAUGAUCAUCUAAUUUCAUGACUUGAUAAUAAUUCAUAAAUAACAAUAACAACAAAAUGUACGAACAAAAAUGUCUGUUAACGUUUGCCGUACUGCACCACCUAUUAGCGUACGGUAUGGUCUCUGCUGGAUCACCGACUGGUGUGUACAUGGACAAUGGUGUACAGACAGUUAAGCAAGAUCUCAUGUCGGUUGAGGAGCGAAACGAAGUUGAACAAGAGAUACUGACCAUGUUUGGUGUGCCGAAAAUACCACGAAAAUCUCCAAAGAACCUUGACGGUUCGGCACCACAGUUUUUAUUUGACGUCUACAGAUCUAUACAACAAGACGGUUUACACGACAGAAAAUCAAGAAGUGUUUCAGAUAUUGGUCAAUACGAUGAUCGUACCGUACAAGAUAGUGAUGUCAUUGUCACACUAUACCUAUCAAAUCAUUCUCCGGUUAGUAAUGUUCGACAUGAACAUGGUAAACGGAUUUUAUUUGAAUUAAAUGAUGUACCACCUGAAGAAACUCAUAUGAUUACUUCAGCUGAAGUUCAUUUGUACCAAUCUGGAACUUUAAGUAGUGUUAAAAAGUAUUCGGUAACAUUGUAUCAAGUAUUAAUUACAAAAAAUGGAGAAAAAGAAUUAGAAUUUGUGGAUACCCAAAAUACAACAACAGAUUAUGAUGGAUGGCUUCGGUUUAAUGCAACUGGAGCUUUAGUUUCAUGGACCCAUUACUUAUACCCUAAUAGAGGAUUAUAUGUUUCUGUACAUUCUCAUGACAAUGAAGAUCAUGAAAUCAAGCCUGAAGAAAUUGGUAUGGUGACUUGGGCUGAUAAACAUCAAUUAUCUGAAGCAAAAAAACCUUUUAUGGCUGUUUAUUUGAAGUCCAGAAAUGGAGGUAAUAUAGUUGGUGGUCCUUCUCUUCAAAAACAUUAUAGACGAAGAAGAAGGAAAACUAUUGAAAGUAGUUACAAUUCAAACCCAUUUCAAAACAUAGCAGAUGGAUUUCAAUCAAGAAGUUGUCAAAUACAAACCUUAUAUGUGAGCUUCAGAGAUCUGGAAUGGCAGGAUUGGAUAAUAGCGCCAGAUGGUUAUGGUGCAUUUUAUUGCACAGGCGAGUGUAAUUUCCCACUCAAUGCUCACAUGAAUGCCACUAACCAUGCAAUUGUUCAGACAUUAGUGCAUUUGAUGAGUCCUCUACAAGUCCCUAAACCAUGCUGUGCUCCAACAAAAAUGGCUCAACAGGCAGUACUAUUUUUUUUGGAAGAUAACAAUGUUAUAUUAAAGAAGUAUAAAAACAUGAUAGUUAAAAGUUGUGGGUGCCAUUAAAAAUUGCCCAUUUGAUUUAAAAUGGAAAGUACAUAUAUGGCUGUUAACAAAAAAAUCUGAAAUUGACAAUUAUUUUUAGGAAACUUUUUUUACUCCGUCGUCUUAAGUUUAUUGUUAACUAUUGUGUAAUUUAUUAACACAACCAACUAUUUACACAGAUAAAAAAGGUAUAUUAUUUAUAUACUAUAUUCUUUAGAUCAUAGUGAUAUUUUAAAAACAGCAAACAAUUUAUAUUUUAAAUUAAUCAAAUUUACUUGACAAUAUUUUUAAUGAUAUUAUAAAUACUUGGAUUCUAACUAUAGAAUUAGAUAGUGUCAAAUGCGAAUCAGAAUUUUUAUAAAAUUAUUUUUUGUUAUUCAUUUCAAUUAUAAAUAUGAACACGAUACUAUUUUAUUUUAAUUAGUUUAAGUUAAGUUAGUAUAAUAACUAUUUUAAAAUCUCUUAUUUUAGGAAAAAUAUAUUGAAUUUCCUAACUUUUCAUGUUGAAAAAUAAUUUGCUAUUUUAUUCAUAGUAGCAAAAACUAACUCAUUGAGUGUUAGAUACUUAAAUUGUAGGUGGGUGCUUACUGGUGUUUAUCGCCAGUAAAAUGUAAUGACAAUAAACUAUUAUCUUCAAGGAAAAUAUAAAGUUUACUGUUACUUAAAUACAAUUUUUAUUUUUAUUUCAUAUUAAAAACAAAUUUAUUUACAAUUAUUUAAUGAAUCAAUGUGUAUUUAACACUAAUUGCAUUGAUGUUCAAGUUAAUUCAAACUUAAUAAAAUGAAGAGUCAAGAAAUUCUUUUUUCAAAGUUUAUAUUACUUUAUUCAUUCUAGAACACUUAAAUUAUUUAAUUUAAUUCUAUUAAUUAGCACAUUUUAUAAAUAUUGAAUUAAGUUAA